GGACAGCUGGCCAUUGUUACGGCUAAUUGGGGUUUCGCCCUUAGGAAGCUGCUCUCGAAACCCGGCCAACUUUGACAGAGCGCAUUUUGCCGGAACAACCCCUGUGAAAGGGCCUUAGCUCUAAAGAUUUUGCCAUGGCUGCUUCGGCGCUUCUUGCCACGGUUGCCUCGAGCUACAUAAGAAGAUCAAGCGGCGUGGGGACCUCCCUCCUCGGCGCCUUCAGCAACGACCAUCGUCCCUGCGGCACAGCAGUCUAUCAACACCUGCGCAGACUAGCUGCACAGGCUCAGGCCAGCAAGAAGACCGCGAGCUCCGACCAACUGCCCCUAAAAACGGGGCGCCAGAGACUCGUUGUUCUCGGCUCCGGCUGGGCAGCGGCGAGGCUUCUUCAUGAUAUUGACCCCAACCUGUACGACCUGACGGUCAUCAGCCCCCGAAACCACAUGGUGUUUACUCCGCUACUGGCUUCCACCACUGUGGGCACCCUGGAGCCCCGCAGUGUGGCAGUGCACCUGCACGAGAUACAGCCCUGCCUCAGCCGGCCCUCCAGUUCCGUGUUCAUUGCCGAUGCCCAUGCGGUCGACGCGGCCUCCCGCACCGUGACGUGCCGCUCCGUCGACGGACUGGACUUCAGUGUGCAGUACGACAAACUGGCCAUAUGCACCGGCAGCCAGGGCAGCACCUUUGGUAUUCCCGGUGUGCUGGAGAACGCGCACUUCCUGCGUGAUGUCAAACAGGCAGACGCCAUCCGUCAAAAGCUGAUUGAGAACAUCGCGCUGGCGGGAGUGCCGGGCCGGCAGCAGGACGAGUUCUCGCGGCUGCUGCAUAUCGUGAUAGUGGGUGGCGGCCCCACGGGGGUGGAGGUGGCGGGAGAGCUCACCGACUUCAUCAGCCACGAGCUGAUGCGCAUGUACCCGGAGCGCGCCAAGGCCAUGAGGGUCACGCUGGUGGAGGCGCGUGAGCUGCUGGGGUCGUUCGACGCCUCGUUGCGCGAGUACGCAGCACGCAAACUCAUCCAGGGGGGCGUGCUUCUUCGCAAGGGCAUUGUGCACGAGGUGACGCCGCGCGAGGUGGUGCUCAAGGACGGCACGGUGCUGCCGUACGGGCUGUGCAUCUGGAGCACCGGAGUGGGCCCCACACCCUUCUCACUGUCCCUGCCCUUUGCCAAGACCGCCGUGGGCCGCAUUGCAGUGGACAAGUACAUGCGCGUGCUGGCGCCGCCCUCCCCAACCGCCACCAGCACCAGUGCCGCCAACCCAGCGCCGGCCACGUCGCAGCCACAGCAAUCAGAGCCGACUAGCCAAACGCCAGCCGGUUCAACGGGCAAGGUUCCGGGCCUGUUGGCCGAUGAGAGCGACACGCCCUCCACCGCCGGCCUGGCCCCGGUGCCGCACGUGUACGCGCUGGGGGACGUGUGCGCCAACCCCGACAAGCCCCUGCCCGCGCUGGCGCAGGUUGCUGAGCAGCAGGGCCGCUAUCUGGCCAGAGUGCUGAACGAGCUGGCGCGAGGGCCGCCCCACGGCGUGCCGCAGCACACCGAGUUCGUGUAUCGGCAGCUGGGCGCCAUGGCCACUGUGGGCGGCCACAGCGCCGUGCUGGAGCUGGGAGACGCCGGCCGCCGCCACCUCAGCCUGGCGGGCUUCCUGUCCUGGGUGGCCUGGCGGUCCGCCUACCUCACACGCCUGGGCUCCAUCCCCAAGCGCCUGGCGGUAGCCUUCGACUGGAGUAUUACCAUGAUCUUCGGCCGCGACCUCAGCCGCUGGUAGCCCUGGGACUAGGGCGGCUGUAGCCGUGUGGCGGGCGGCGCGGCCCACAGCAGGGAUGUAGGAAAGUGAGCAGACGGCACGGCCUGGGUUAUCGACGCCAUUGAAGCCGCGUGCGUGACAACCUGAUGCCGCUGCGGAGCCUUGCAGCUUACGUGGCUUGGGGAGCAAGCAUCUUCGCCCUCCGGGCAGCUGAGGCAGACGUGCGUGCGCUGUCACUCUGUCAGCCCGGGCCCGGAGUGUGAUGGUUUAAUUGGUGUAGCUGCGUGUCAUUUCCAUCCAUCACGCUGUAUAUGGUCAAGUAUUGAUUGCUAGUUGCUGCGUAGGCUGCGCCAGGGGAAUCCCUGGACUGCACGGAUGUUUGGGACGCAUGUGGCCCAAACAGCAAGGCGCACGACCGUAAAUGAACAAGUGCAACAUAGUUUGGACAGCGCUGCACCUACGGGUGAGCCGUAGAGCGCACCGGGGGCCAUGGGCCCAUGGCAAACCGCAAACGCGUUACAUCGGAUGGCAUUAAUAAGUGGCCCCCGUGUUGGGCCGUAACCAGUUCGCAGUUUCGCAUACAGUCAUAAGACCUCAGCCUCUCAAACAGGCACCGCGGCCUUGUCGUCUUGCUUGUCGUCUUGCUUGUCAACCCCCCCUUACUCCUUGGGUGCAUCACCCCAGGGGGGUAGAAAGCUCAGGUUCUUACCCCAUGCUCAAUAUUACAGAGCUUUAGGAGAGCAUCAUGCACGUACUUCUAGUUUUUUAAGGGGGUGUCUGGUGAGGAAGUUCUGGGCCGCCAAAGUUGGGGGGGCGGACCUCGUCCCUGGGGGUCCGUCGGGUUUCGGGAGCUCAUCCUGGCGGAUUUCGGGAAGCGCCCCACAAGCAGAACUAGGGGCCAAACGCAGCAGUACGAGGCUCAUAUGUGCACGUUAUGACGUAGUAAGCACAAACAAAGCGUGGGAGGGCUAAGUUGCGCGUCCGGGCGUGGACAUGGGCCAUGUCUCCACAUUCAACACACGCGCACUGACACUGCUGGGCUCUGAAGCGCUGGUGCGCAUGAGUUCACGUCUAACAAGGCUGCCGAUGCACAUUGUCCAUUCGUCGCGCGGCAGAGAGUUGAGCGCGGGUUCACGGGGUGGUCUGGGUCGAGGGGAUUUCCAUGGAUAGGAUCCCGCCUGUGACCGAAGUCCCAGAACAGGACCGCUGAUGGCACGGAGUGAUAGUGCUCGUCAAGAGGAGUCAAUUGACACCACUUUGGUACUAAAUGGAGGGGUUUUAACCCCUGAACAACAAGGUUUGUCCGUCGGGGGGGCGGUCGUCCCCUCAAGGGGGGUCCCGGGGGAUUUCGGGGCAUGGGGUCUGGCACUUUGUUUCCGACCCCCCCUGUCACCCCCACCCCCACCCCCCAUUUUUAAGAAUCAGGCAGGCGUCAGAACGGAUAGCAAAUGUGAAUGAAAAGCAAAAGAAUAUG